CUCCACUUCGCCUUUCCUAGCGUGCUCUACUUGGUCUGUUUUUCUGCUUCUCUGGCUUGCUUUCCAAUCGUAAACAAUGGAGAUGCCGAAUUCCUCCUCCACACCUGUCAAGGAGGUGCUGGACACAGAACAUCUGAACCAUUCUGUUGAUGACCUUCUCCAAGUCAUAAACAACAACCUGUCGACCUCGUCUCUCAACCUGCAGAACGAGGGGGAUAAGACUGCUGAUUAUAAUGGGUUAUUGAACACGUCGGACGAUAACCCUAUAACACCUUUGAAGUGGAAGCACAGCGGCUCUCCGCUAUCGCCACAGAUCAAGCACAAGUUGGAUAGUAAGCCAAUUUCAAAGAGCUUGCCGUGUUCACCUGUGAAGGAAACUGACGAUGACCACGUUGUCAUGCAGGAUAUUCCAAGGGCACCUUCGUUUGAUGAGCUGGAAUUCAACACAAAGCUCAACAGAGUGUCUUCUAUCACGAGGGUGUGCGGACCACGUCAAUUGGCAAACUCUACCCUCUCUAGGACGCUUUCUGGAUCAGUUGGUAGAUCGUCAAGCUUCAAGCUAAGCAGGGAUUCUUCUCCAUCAAAGAAAUCUGUAUGUUUCGAUCAAUCCCCACCAAAGAUUUUGGAGUAUCCUGAACCGAAGACUCCAAAUCUAUCAGAUGAUUCAGUUGGAGAUGACAAUGAUACCGAGAAUGGGUUAAACCCACAAUGGGACUUGAAGUUGAAAUCACACACUCUGCCACCGCCUUUGCCAAAACACCAGAUAGUUAGUGUGUCACCUCCGUUGAAGGACACGACGUUAGGUUCGAGCGAUGAGGAUACAAACGAUUACAGCUUGACAAAGGAAGAGUUGAUGAGCCAAUCGGUGACUUUACAGGAAAAACUUGACUUGGUUUUAGGCACCGAUGAGGUCUCCAAGAGGGUCCAAGAAGACGAAGUUAACAGAGGCUCUGGAUCUCCUGGAAAACCUACCUUGUCUAAUAAGGAGGCAGAAUUCAUCUUGAACAUUAAGACUAAAAAGCAAUUAGAAGAGGAUAACCAAUUGAGGGAUGCAUCAAAAAUGUUCGAAGUUGACCUCGUCAAUAGGGAUAAAGACUCUACUGUGCUCCGUCUAGAUCCACAAUUGAGGAGAAAAAGUUCAAACGAAUCAUUGAGGGAUGAAGAGAGACAGUUGGUCACUACUGUGGUGGCGAAAUCAACAACUCCGAUAGUUUUGAAAGAUGGUUUGAAACAUGCCGACUUGAACAAUCUACCACAGAAUAGUGAUGCCGUUAGUGUUCAGGAAUCCUUCUCUUCAGCAACUGAUGUUUUUGAAAGCGAACCAUUAGUCACAACAACAACAACACAGGCCUUACCGUCAAUGGAUUCUCAUAUUUCAAUCUCUACCAUUCAAGAAGAUGAUAAACAACAUAUUGAAUCUACACCAAAGACUCACAAGAAGAAACUGUCAUUAAGUGAAUCCAUUUCGUCUUUCAUCUCUUCUUUUACGAAGAGUCCAAGAAAACCUUCACCAACCAAAUCUUUUGACGACAAAGAUGUAUCUGUAACUAUUCCAGGUGAAUUACCAGACUUUGGAUCUGAACCUACAGAUAGAUUGUUGGAAAAUACAGCUGAUGUUUCACGUACUGGGGAUGGUCUUGCAGAAGAGGCAUCAUCGUUGGAACCUAUGCCAGUUGAACAACCAAUCGAGAAAGAACCCAUUGAAAUUUCAGAUGUUACCAUGGAUUUGUUGGCUGAGUCCUCAAGCCUGUCGUUGCCAAAACUUUUCAAUGAGGUUUCAGAACUUGAUUCUAGUAAUGCCGUGGAAUCUGUGGAACAUGUGGAACAUGUGGAACAUGUGGAACAUGUGGAACAUGUGGAACCUGUUGCUCGUUUACAACCUUCUCCUUUCAUCGAAUCAUCCAUUAAUAAUAAUACAUCCUCCACAAAGAUGAAUGACUUAGAUGAGCCGGUUGCAAUAACCGAGUCAGUUACUGGGAACGCACCAAAUGAAGGAGUCCAAUCAGUUUCCACAAUUGAGCCAGUAAACUCAAUCACGCCUGUUGAAUGUAUGGUGAACAAAUCUAUUGCUACAACUUCCGACACAAAUGUUGAUAAUCAUAAUGACAUGGAAUCAUUACCAGAAUCCGAAUCAGAGACUGCUGAACCAGACACAUCACCAAUUAAUAAUAGCGAAGUUAGCGCACUUUUGAAGAACACAUCUCCAAUAUCCGAAGCUGCUGACCUUUUAGAUGACUUUAUGGUUGAGCCUGCUCAACUGUUACGUGUUGAAUCCCACAAUGGCUCAUUUGCAGACGAAUUCCGAGAAACGGGGCUCUAUAACAGUUCGGAUAAUAUGGAUCAAAGUUAUAGAAGUCUGUCUAUGUCCGUCAAGAGAGAUGAUUUCCUGAAAGAUUUGCAUACAACUGAAGAUAUACAUAAGGCUGAACCUGGUGAAUCGAAUAUUAUAAUGGAAAGUAUCGAUGUCGAGGAAAUUGGAAACGUUACAGAUGAGCAAGAAUGCUCUGAUAGACAGAUUGAAGACGACUUUAGCCAGGGGGAACCGGAUCUUGCUGAACUUGACAAUACGGAAAUCACUAAAGCUAAUAGUGACAAUGAUAAUACAGAUGAAGCCGCACUUUCAAUAACGGAGAGCAAAGAAAACGUUCCUUUGCAGGAGUCUUCUGAUGUUCUACCUCGGGAAUUCACUUCUGAUAAUAUGACAUUUGAACCUCAGUCUACACAGAGAAGUGAAUCACAAGUUGGCCAUGAAGUCUCUGUUCAACUCUCUCCUUCCAAGAUGGCGAACAGUUUUGGUGUCCAGACAACUCCAAUGGUGAAAGAAGUUUCUGUUCAAACCGAUGACGUUGAUAGCUACCGAUCCCUUGAACCUUCUGUGUACGGCAGUGCAAAGUCUGUACAGCUCCCAACUUUCAAUAGUACUCUGUUCCAUGAUAAACCGCCUAAGGAGGAUUCAGUGAGCUCGCCGCCAACGAGUUUUAUUGAGAUUUGGCAUAAUCAACCGAAGGCAGUGAUACCUGAGCCACAGUACAGAUUGGAUGGUAAGAAAGUACCAGCUCCAUCCAAUCUUUUGAAAGUAUUGAGCGUAAGAAGAACAAACGAUGAGUACUAUGAGAAUACCACACUUGAUUCCUCCUUUGUUAAAACGGAACCAAUUUCUCGGAGAGCAUCAUUGGAAAUCCCAAGGCCUUUUGUCGCUAAAUCAGUCUCAAGAUCGUCUUACAUUAACAUGGAUUCAAAGCGCUCUUCAAUGGCACUCGACUCAUCAUUCAAUAUUGACAAUUCUGGUGUUGAUCUCCCUAAUAUAAGUGACUCUUCAGAUUUUGGUGCUGCAUUCCAGGAAUGGGAUGUUUCGAAGAAUGAAGAAGACUUUGAGGCAAAACUGGCAGAGUUGCAAACUAUUCCUAAUGAUAGGGAAGUGAAGGCCAUUUGGGGUUCAUUGGGCGGAUCAACUACAACAAGCACAAGAGCAUCGCCUCCUGUGGAUUCCGAUGGCAGAUUCCAACAACUUCUUGAUACGAAACUUGGUGUAGGUAAUGUCAAGUCUUCUUCGGCAUUGGGUGGUGUGGUUGUUGCCAAUACAGAGGAUGCUGGUGUGACCAUUGAAUAUGAUCGGAAUGACUCAUUCGCAUCUGACAUAUACGCAAAGCAAUUCUCGAAUAGCCUAGUUGCGACUGUCAAAUCCAGAAUUGAGCCAAAAUUGGUCGAAACUCCACCACGUCACGUCAUCAAGACUGAUAAAUCAAUUACUGUUCCUAGAGUUGAUAAGCAGAAAGAAAAUAAGAGAUUCAUCUCUGGCUCCUCUGAAGCUAGUGGAUUUGACCUAAGUGAUGAUUUCAAUAGGGUCGUUCAACUGCAAGAUAGCAAGUAUGUCACCCAUCAACACCAGGAGAUGAUUGUUGCAAAGUCAAACUCAUACGAGGAUGAUGAACAACAGCAUGAACCGUCUGCUCCAGAACCUACUUCAGAGACUUCAUUGUUAGACUAUGCUAAACAAAGAUCUAGUCGUCCACGUCAGCCAAGUGGGCCUAGGGUGAGAACCCCAUUGGUGGCACUUGACGAGAAAGAUGUGAACAGAGUUUCUUCUAUGCCAAGGAGAAAACCACCUCUUGAAAUGGUGACACAAUACCCAGAAUCAAAACCUGCAGAUGUAUCUGCACUGAAGGUUAAGAAACGCAGCUCACGUGGAAACAUAACUGUUGGUGAUGAACUAAGAUUGCCAUCUGAUGAUAAAGGUCGCUUGUACAUUCACGUUAAUUCCUUGCUGAUUUCUAAUUUGAAGGAGAUCAAGCAGCACAAGGCCACUUUCAAACUAUACCUCGACAAUGGUAAACAUACCAUUUCUACACCAAAGAUGGAUCUCAACAACGUAGUUGUGAUCGAUAAGGAAUUUGAACUUGCUGUUGAGGAGGAUGUUACAGAAUUGUAUUUCACUUUGAAAGUGUCUUAUCAAAGACCCGAUAAUGAACUUGUUGAUGUCUACAAGAAGAUUCCCCUGAAUAAUCCUAAUAGAUUCAGUAAACUAUUCGGCUCCAAACCAAAGUACAGAGUGGAAAAGGGUUAUGAAACAAGAAAGAGAGUCAAUGAUGACUGGGAUAAUCGUUUUGCAACUGAUGGGAGCUUUGGUAAGAACAAGAUUAACUUCUAUGUCCAAGAUAACCAGAUAACCUCGAAGACUCGUGAUUAUACUGUUGAGUUGUUCAACGAAUGGGAAACGCAGGUUCAAAAUGGUGUUGAAUAUAAGAAACCACCCCAUGCUAUCGGUAAAAUAGAAGCCACAAUGCUUUACAUUCCAAGGACCUCUCCAUUGGAGAACCUGCCGCCUUCCAUCAAAAUUGCACAGGCGGUUGCUGAUCAUGUAUUGGAGCAGUCCAACAUCAAGUUUGAAGGAUACCUGUUCCAAGAAGGUGGCGAUUGUGAACUUUGGAAGCGUCGUUUCUUCACCAUUCAAGGUACCUCAAUGGUUGCACAUACCGAAGACACGAGGAAGCCACGAGCACAGAUCAACCUUUUGAAGGUUGUGGAAGUAAUUUAUAGUGGUAAGAAGAGGCUCCCUCAUCAGAGGAAUGUCACUGAAGAUGUUCUCAUUACCGACGGCUUCAAGUUGAAGUUCAAGAAUGGCGAAGUGAUUAAUUUCAACGCUGAUACAAGUCAAUUGAAGAGUGAAUGGAUCCGUGUUCUUGAGAAGAUUGUUGAUUUGAACAGACUACACCAACCAUGGGUGAUGAAGUUGAACGAGGCCAGAGCCCAAUGAUGAUGUUGUCCCUGUUGGUCUUGUACUUAUAUUUCCAUUCUUUUAUUAUUAUGAAGAAGUGAG